CUAACAUCCUAUAUAAUAAUAAUCACAGAGUCCCAAGAGCUAGAAUCAUCUUUCAGGAUUUAGCAGUUGAGCGAUUUCAGUUUAUAACAUUUAAAUGUCUAAUCGUAUAUUCAAACAAAAUGAAUUCUCAUCAAUGUAUCAUAGAUACAUGCCCCCACCCUCGCAAGAUGUCAUAGAUCUGAUAUUAUCGUAUAUGGAAAAAAAGAAAGCAAAACCCUAUGAAGUAGCAGUGGAUGUUGGCUGUGGUACUGGAAGAUAUACUGAGCUACUUGCUUCUCAUUUCCAGAAGGUUCUUGCUUUUGACAGCAGUGAAUCUCAGAUAAAUGAGGCAAAGAGAGCUUGCUCAUCCAAGAAUGUCCAUUAUCAGAUUUCUUCAUGUGAGAAAUUACCACUGGAAGAUGAAUCUGUUGAUCUGGUACAUGGAGCUCUUUCAGUACAUUUUUUUGAUAUGGAUACAUUUUUCCAAGAAGCUAUUCGUAUUCUGAAGCCCAAUGGUUGCAUUGCUUUUCAUACCUUUAAUGCAGACUAUGUGAUUGAAUAUGGAAAUUGCUCAGAGACUCUGACAGACUGUUUUAAUAAGGUCUGGAAAGCUUGUUACAAGUAUGCUGAUAAAGCCAUGGAUCAUAUGCUUGAUGAUUACGAAAUGGUAUUCAAGGCUUUGCCAUUAAUCGAUAAACAAUGGACCACCAAUAUACCACAUACUGCUUCAAUAACCCUGCAAGAUCUUUUGGGAUUCAUCAGAUCAUUUUACAUGUCCUAUAUUUAUGCUGAGCAAGAUCCAUGUGGAGCUGAAGAAUUCCAUAUAAGGAAUGAAAAGAGAUUUCAGGAGAUCCUGGGAGCAGAUUUUGAAAAAGCUGUCAUGAAAUUUCACCUUAAACAUUCCUGUGUCUUUGCUUGUAAGUCCUCUGAGUAGGCAACAAAGCAUUGGAAAGCCUGUUGAUCUUUAGAGUGAAAGAAAAUGAAUCAAAUUACUUUUAUUAUUUUGAAGGUUUACAUAUAAAAAACCUCAUUUAACUUCUUUUCUUCAAAUGCAUAUCAAUAAUAACUAUAUAUUGAAAUAAAUGUAUAAAUUACUGCCAUGCAAAA